UCGCGAGUAAACGUAAAUCCAAGAUGGCCGACGAAGUUGUGCGUGUGUCACAACAACAAACAAAACCGAUAAAAAUUAAAAAAUGGAAAAUUCGGAAAGGAAUUACGGUCUCCAUCGGCCGUAUUCUUCUAAUUUACGAACAAUUAGAGAACGGGAAGUCGGAACAGAAGAGAUUAAAGGCGUUACAGCCCGGAAUCAUACACCAGAUUUUAGCGAAAGAAGGAGAUGUGGUGCAACCUGGUGAAAUUUUGUAUGAAAUCAAAGCAUGUAAUCAUCCAACUAUUAUGAACGAUAUGUGUGCUGAAUGUGGAACGGAUUUGAGAAAAGAUGAGAGUCUUAAAACAACAGCUUCUGUUCCAAUGAUACACUCUAUUCCAGAUUUAAAAGUCAGUGAAGAGCAAGCUCAAAAACUUGGUAAAGCUGACAAUGAAUGCCUGAUAAAGGAUCGGAAACUUGUAUUACUUGUCGAUUUAGAUCAAACGUUGAUUCAUACCACACACGACAAUAUACCCCCAAAUAUAAAAGAUGUUUAUCAUUUUCAAUUGCAUGGACCUCAGUCACCAUGGUAUCAUACAAGAUUAAGACCGGGGACUCUGACUUUUCUGAAAUCAAUUUAUGAACUAUAUGAGUUGCAUAUUUGCACUUUUGGAUCAAGAAACUACGCACAUAUGAUUGCAAUGUUUUUAGAUCCAGAUCAAAAGUAUUUUGCAAAUCGGAUAUUGAGCAGGGACGAGUGUUUUAAUCCAACAAGCAAGAAGGCUAACUUAAGAGCUCUUUUUCCAUGUGGAGACAAUAUGGUUUGCAUUAUCGAUGACAGGGAAGAUGUAUGGUCGCACGCAAGAAAUCUAAUUCAUGUGAAACCCUACCAUUUUUUUCAACACACCGGUGACAUAAAUGCGCCCCCUGGUUUAGGCAAACAAGAAAAUGACGACAAAGAAGGCAUUGACUUAACGAAUUUAAUGAAUAAAACGAUCCAAAACAAUAGUAAGACUGAUUUAGAAGACAAUGAUAAUGACGCGAAGGAAGAUAAAACAGAAGCUGUUGAUAAAGAGGAAGAACCUGAUAAAGAAAAUACAAAAGACUCAAAAGAAAAUAAAGAUACAAAGGAAAAUAAAGAUACAAAGGAAAAUAAAGAUACAAAAGAAAAUAAAGAUACAAAAGAAAAUGAAGUGGAAUCAAAAAAAGAACCAGAAAACUCUGUAAAUAAAGAAAUUGACACUAAAGAAAGAGAAAAAAAUGGUUUACCUAUAUCUGAAGAUGUACAAAAGACAAAUGAGGAUGAGGACAAAGCCAAUUCCACAGAACAGAAUGAAUGUGUAAAAAAUAAUGGUGAAGACACAUCAACUGGUAACCAAAGUAAUAACAUAGAUAAAGAAGAAGAUCAAGAAGAAAAGAUGGCUAAUGAUGGUGAUGAUGGUCCAUUUAAAUCGUUUGAUAAUGCCUCUGUUAAAGUAGUACAAAGUGAAGAUAACUUUAUAGAAAUAGAAGAUCCCGAUGACUAUUUGAUAUAUUUAGAGGAUAUUUUGAAACGUAUUCAUACGACGUUUUACGAGAAAUUCGACACAAUGGAAGCUGGGAAAACUCCAGAUCUAAAACAAAUAAUUCCAGAUGUAAGAAGUAAAGUAUUACAAGAUUGUCGUUUGGUAUUUAGCGGUUUGGUAUCUACUCAUUCUAGUUUAGAAGAAUCGAAAGCAUAUCAAGUUGCUAGAAGUUUAGGUGCCGAAGUUCUAGAAGAUUUAUAUGAAUUUGCUACGCAUUUAGUAGCAGUCAGACCACGAACAGCUAAGGUUAAUGCUGCUCGACGGAUGAAACAUUUAAAAAUUGUUACGCCGGACUGGCUGUGGUCUUGCGCCGAACGAUGGGAACACGUCGACGAACGGAUAUUCCCUUUGAACUCGAAAGGUUCAAAAAACCGCCACCCUCCGCCACACUGCAGCAGUCCGGAACACGCGGUCACCUAUCCGGAACAUGAGACGCCGGCUACGCGAAAGAGGACCCCUAGCGGUCGCUUUAUGGACACUAUCAAUCCGCUGAUGUCAUUUUCAAGCGAUGAUAUAGCUAAUAUGGAUAAGGAGGUAGAAGAUAUUCUAGACGAUGAGUCUGAUGAUAGUGAUCGUGAAAAUGAAGUAUUUGCCAAAGCAGACAAUGAAGAGGAAGAAGAAGAAGAUACUGACGUGGAAGAAGCGAAAUUUGAGCACAUGAUGCAAACAGAAAUAUUAGGUGCAUAUGAUAAGCAAGAGGAUGACGGUGAAAGGGAAACUUGUCAGAUCACAGAUGAGAAAAGUUUAGCGGAUGAGAAAAGUUUAGAAGAGAAGGAGAGUGCGAAAAGGAAGCGAGAACGAGAAGAAGAUGAAAAUAGCCGGGAAGAUCUACCUAGUCAGAAAUUUCGUCGAGGCGAAGAUGUGGAUAACGAGCUGGACGAUCCAGAUCACGAUCCCGACGAUAACGACAGUGAUAGUUUCGAAGAGCCUGACGAAAACGACGACGGGGAAUGGAACAUGAUGGGCGCUGCGUUGGAAAGGGAAUUCUUGUCAGGCUAGAACAUCAUCAACUAUAAACUGUGUAAAAUUGUAUAGAUAGAGGUAGUCUACAAUAAAUAUAUGGUGUCCGCAGAAAUGUCUGCAUCAAAUGGGAUAUUUGCUUGAAGUACAUCUACUCAUUGCAUAAAACUAUAUUUUUUAGUUGUUUUAAAUAAAACUACAUAAGGUAAUCGCAAAACAAUUUCCGAUGGACGUGAUCAACUUUGAGUGACAA